AUGGCUGUCAACGACAAGAACGUCACGUUCAUUGUGGACACAGGCUGUCCGGUAACCAUGAUUCCAGAAGCGCAGGCUGAAGGCCUCAACUUGAAGAAUACCAGAUGUAAGCUCACAUCGUACACAGGACAUGAAAUACCUGUCAGAGGAAUGACAGAAGUGGAUGUGCAGUACGAAGGUCAAAUGAAGAAGAAGAUGCCAGUAUAUGUAGUGGGAGGAAAUGGUCUAUGCCUCCUUGGAAGGAACUGGCUGCAUGAAAUCAAGCUGAACUGGUCAAGUCUGGUUGGUCAAGUGAAAGAAAAACCUGAACCACAAAAGAAGAUGAAGAAGCUGAGUGAAGUGCUGAAGGAACAUGAAGAACUCUUCAGUGAUGAACUGGGAACAAUGAGUGGUCAGGAAGCUGAUCUGGAACUGAAGAAAGACGCAGAGCCCGUCUUCAAACCAGCAAGGUCAGUACCUUACAGUCUGACUGAUGCAGUGGAAAAGGAGUUGGAAAGAUGGAAGACGCUGGGAGUAAUCGAAGAUCUCCGAGAUGAUGAACCAACGCCGAAGUGGGCAACACCACUGGUUGUGGUGCCCAAACCAGAUGGAAGCGUACGCCUCUGUGGCGACUUCAAAGUGACGCUGAACCAGUACCUGAACGUACCGGUGCAUCCUCUGCCGAAGACCGAAGACUUGCUGGCAACCAUCGGACCUGCGAAGUUCGUAUCUGUGGUGGAUCUGUCGCAAGCCUAUCUGCAAAUGAAGUUGUCAAAAGAAAGUCAGGAACUGUGCUACCUGAACACGCCGUUCGGACUGAAACGGAUGCUGAGGCUCCCCUAUGGAGUCGCGUCAGCUCCAAUGCUCUUUCAGAGAGCGAUGGACCGAAUCUUGAAGAAAGUACCAGGUGUCAAAUGUUUGCUGGACGACAUCCUCAUCACAGGAAAAACUGAAGAAGAAGCCUUGAAGCGGCUGGAUGAAGUGCUCCAGAUCCUGAAAACAAACGGUCUGCGCCUCAAGAAGGAAAAGUGUCAGUUCAUGGCGAAGGAAGUUCGCUAUCUGGGAGUGCGAUUGGGUGCAAACGGAAUCCGACCUGAUCCCGAGCGAGUGAAGCCGGUGCUGGAGGCAAACGCGCCAACAAAUCAAAGAGAACUACGUGAGUUCUUGGGAGCUGUAACGUUUUACAGCAAGUUCCUGGAAAAUCUGUCGAAGAUGGCGAAACCACUAAAUGAACUCCUGAAGAAGGACAAAGAAUGGAAGUGGUCGAAGGAUUGUGAAGAAAGUUUUACGAGAAUCAAAGCCCGCCUGGCAUCUGCUGAAGUGCUCCGACACUUUGACGUGAAGGAACAGGUGACUGUCAUCACCGAUGCCAGUCCACAUGGUCUGGGGGCAGUCCUGGUGCAGGGUGCUCCCGAAAGACCUGUGCUGUACGUGUCAAGAUCACUCAGUGAACAUGAAAAGAAGUACUCACAAAUCGAAAAAGAAGGACUCUGCAUCGUUUGGGCAUUCGAAAGGCUGAAGCAGUUUCUGUACGGACGUCACUUCAAACUCGUGACCGAUAACAAGCCACUGGCUCAGGUGAUCGGUCCCAAAACGCCACUGCCAACGUUAGCAGCAAGCCGAAUUCAGAGAUGGACAAUGAAAAUGGCAGAGUACGACUUCACCGUGGAAGUCAGGAGGUCUGAACAGAUACCGGUAGCAGACUGGCUAUCGCGUCUACCAAAAGGAACCUCCGUGGUGAAUUCAAGUGCGCCAGAAGAUGAAUGCACCGUGUGCCUGAUUGGCCAGUUGAGUUCUCUCAACCCAGUCACUGCUGCAGCGAUCCAGCGUGAGACGACAAGAGACCCGCUGCUCGCAAAAGUGGUCAACUUCGUAAACAAAGGAUGGCCAGACAAAGUCGGAGAAGCUCUACAUGCGUUCAAGGUCAGACAAACAGAGCUGACGGUGGAGCAAGGAUGCCUAAUGUGGGGCUGUCGAGUGGUAGUUCCACCGAAUCUGAGGGAAAGAGUUCUUGAAGAACUACAUGAAGGUCAUCAAGGAAUGGUCAGGAUGAAGCAGCUGGCCAGGAUGCACGUCUGGUGGCCAAACAUGGACAAAGAAGUUGAAGCAGAAGUGCGAAGAUGCCAAGGAUGCUGGCAAAAGAGAGCUGAACCACCAUGUACGGACCUGCAUCCAUGGGAGUUUGCAAAGGGUCCGUGGCAGCGAAUCCAUCUGGAUUUCGCUGGCCCAGUUGAUGGGAAGCUGUACGUUGUCCUCAUCGACAGUUUCUCGAAGUGGAUGGAAAUCGCUCCAAUGAAGCACAUCACAUCAGAAAAGACUAUCGAGUAUCUCCUGAAUGUGUUUGCACGGUUUGGCCUACCUCACCAAAUCGUCACAGACAAUGGACCGCAACUCGUCAGCAAGGAAUUCGAAGGAUUCUUGAAGCGGAAUGGAAUUCGGCAUGUCCGAACCGCACCGUUCAAACCCACAACGAACGGAGCAGCAGAGCGAGCUGUUGGCUGUCUCAAGGGCUACCUGAAGGCCACAAGUGGAAAGAAGAUGAACCUGCCAAACUUCCUGAUGGCGUAUCGAAACACUCCACAGGCUACUACAGGAAGAACGCCCUCCGAACUGAUGUUGGGACGACAGCUACGUACGAGGCUAGAUCUUCUGAAGCCUGAUCUGACCUCUCAAAUCCAGAACAAGCAGCAAACGCAAGUCGAGCGACGUCAUGGUCAACCUCGACAGGUUGCCAUCGGUGACGCGGUCCUCGCCCGAGACUACCGCGGUCGCGGAAAAUGGGCGGAGGGAGAGGUGAUGGAUGUGGUAGGGACCAAGCACUACCUGGUUCAGGUACAUGACCAGGUCUGGAAGCGCCACAUCGACCAGUUGCUGCAAAUCCCAAUGGCGUCUCCUCGUCAUCCGCGUCCGACUAUGCAAGAAGACGACGACGAAGGCAUCCGACGGGAAAUCGUUGUUCGUUGCCCGGAGUCGCUGUCUGCAGAGCAGGAACCGUUGUCAUCUCCCCCGGAAGCUCAACAAGAACCAGCACGCGAGCCGACGCCCGUGCGCGAAGGAGCUGCUGCUGAACAGGCCGCUGACUCGCCCAGACGUCCAGCGCCGCUAUCAACCCGACAGCCGGCGCCGGAGCCUGAAGUGGUGCUGAGGCGCUCAACCCGGACACGGGUACCAGUGAAACGCCUCAACCUGUAG